UUGUUAUGAGUCUCGGGAACUAAUAAUACUGUAGUGAGAAGAGAAAACUGAAUAUUUUUUACUUGAAUUGAGAUCCAGUACACAUUAGUACUCUGAUAGAUAAACAAUAUAUUAAUGCACAAAAGUGGCUCAUCUAGGAGCACCGACAAAAAGAAGUGGAUGCGCCGGUUUAGGGGGAGGGGGAAGGACUUGAUAAUUAAGUGAGGGGAUUUAGCUGGCAAACUAAGGUUAAAUGAGAAAUGUGAGUAGAAAAAUAAAAAAGGAAAAUAAUGAACAUUGAUAAAGCAGUGUAUUUCUGACAAUAUGGCAGUAAGUAAAGAAUUUGCUGAUGCUGAUUUCGGAGGUCUUAAGUUGGAUGUGUCAAAAUGGUUUGACAGAUGUAGAUACGGUGUAAGCAUGUUGAAAGUAUUAUAUAAUGACCAUGUAAAAAACAAUUAUGCAUUACAUGAGUGUUCUAAAACAAUGGACAUCAUUGAGUUGCUAAUUGGUGCUGGACAUCUGACGCCAGAUAAUCUCACUCUCCUCUAUGAAACUAUUAAGGUAACACAACAAUUUGGUCUGAAACAGUUAAUUAAAGAUCGACAUCCAUCAUUCCUAAUACCAAAAGAUAUCAAGAAUAUUGUAAUCACAGAAUUUACAAUGCAUCGGCAAAGACUUGUAAAUCUGGGAAUGGCAUUGACUCCAGAAGAAAUACAACAUAUCAGUGGACUGUAUAAUGUUGCAGAGGAACAUGCAGCAGAUAGCUGGCGUUUGAUUAUAGAUCUAGAACAGAGACUGAUAAUUUGUGAAGAAGAGAUGGAGGAAUUCAUUAAAAACUUGAAAAAACAUGACCUUCCAAAGGCAGUAAAAGCUCUAACAGAAGACACUUCAAAUGCAUCUUCCAACACUAGAGAACCAAGCGGUGAAGAAGUCACUGAUGCAAAUUUUCGAGGUCUUAAGUUGGAUAUUUCAAAAUGGUAUGACAGAUGUAUAUGCGGUGUCAGCAUGUUGAAAGUAUUGUACAGAGAUCAAGUAAAAAAUAACUAUUCAUUACAUAGGUGUUCUAAAACAAUGGACAUCAUUGAGUUACUGACUGGUGCUAGACAUCUUACUCAAAUUAAUCUUACUCUCCUCUAUGAAACUAUUACAUUAACGCAACAAUUUGGUCUGGAAGAUUUAAUAAAAAAUCGGUAUCCUGCAUUCCAAAUUCCCAAGGAUAUCAGAAAUAUUGCAAUCACAAAAUUCACACUGCAUCGGCAAAGACUUGUAAAUCUGGGAAUGGAACUGAUUCCAAAUGAAAUACAACAGAUUAGUGGACUGUAUAGUGUUGUAAAGGAACUUGCAACAGACAGCUGGAGUUUGAUUAUGGAUCUAGAAAACAGAUUGAUAAUUAGUGAAGGAGAGAUGGAGGCACUCAUUAAAAACUUGAAGAAAAAUGAUCUCCCAAGAGCAGUAAAAGCUCUAACACAAGAUAUGACACUAACAAUUAAAGAGCACACAAGUAAAGCCAAACCUUUGAAACUUACUUCUCUGAAACAACGCAAUACUAGAAAAGUUACGACACAGUCCAAGGCAGCAGGAUCUUACAAAAUUGUGAGAGUUGACAGCAAACCAAUCAAGCAGUCACCAAUGAUAGCCAAAGCACCUGUACAAAACAACAAAUUAGUAAAUACCAUUAUACUGAAUGAAAGAGUUACUGAUGUAAUUGCAUGUGAAGAUGAUUGCUUACUGGUUUCACAGCUAAAUGGAAUAGUAAAGUACAAGCAAUCAGGAGAAUAUAUGGGUAGGGUUAUACAAAAUGCAAAAGUGAAGAGGAUGUUCAGACUAAAGAAUGGUAACAUAGUAUUCAGUGACUUUGGUGAUAAAAGCAUCAAAGUAUGCAAUAUGAAUGAUCUUGUGAUCAAAUCAAUUGGUAAGGGAACAUUUAAGUUUCCUGCUGGCAUUCAUGUGGAUGAGACAUCAAAUAUUUUGUAUGUAGCAGAUUGGAAUUAUGGUCGUGUGGUCAUGUUUGACAUUGUUAGUGGAAGAAUGACCAGAUGUAUGGGGUCAGUAAACAUCAAAGAAGACCAAAUGAAAGGAGUUGCUGAUGUCGCCCUUACAAAUCAAGGCCAGCUUCUUGUAUUGGAGUAUCUAAACAACCGAUUAAAACUGUAUGAACCUGAGGGAAAGUUCAUAAAAGUCCUUGUUGAAGCCGGUAAUGAAAAUGGUAAGCUGAUAAAACCAUAUGGAGUAGUAGUUGAUCAAGAUGACAACAUUAUUAUAACAAGUGAACACAAACUACAGCUUUUCAGUAGUGAUGGAAAUUUCAUUAAAAGAAUUGAUAAACCGGAAGAUGGAAUCAACAAUCCACGUGGACUAUCAAUUAUUUCAUAUAAUCCACACAGAGUUGUAGUAGCCAAUGAUGUUGGAAUUAUUAAAAUAUUUAAUUAUUAACUAAA